AUGGCUGCCGGAAACCAUACAGCUGUCUCUGAAUUUGUUCUCUUGGGGUUUGCAGAUCAUCCAGAACUGCAGCUUCCACUUUUUGUGUUGUUCCUGCUGGUCUAUAUUAUUACUGUGGUAGGAAAUCUGGGAAUGAUUAUUAUAAUAAAGAUGGACUCCCAACUCCAUACUCCUAUGUACUUUUUCCUCAGCAGCUUGUCUUUUGUAGACCUUUGUUACUCCUCCAAUGUCACCCCAAGAAUGCUGGCAAACCUAGCAGCCAGCUAUAAAGACAUUUCGUUUGCUGGAUGCUUGAUACAGUGUUAUCUUUUCAUUGGCCUGGGUCUCACAGAGUCCUUCAUCUUGGCUGUCAUGGCAUAUGAUAGAUACAUGGCUAUCUGCAAUCCACUGAUGUAUACCACAAAAAUGUCAUGGGAUGUAUGUAUCUGGCUGGUAGUGGUUCCUUCAACAUAUGGUUUCUUUGAUGCCAUGAUUCAGACCAUAUUCACCUUCCACUUGACUUUCUGUGGCUCGAAUGUCAUCAAUCACUUUUACUGUGCUGACCCACCUCUCCUAAAGCUUUCCUGCUCUGACCCCCAUGUCAAACUAAACCUAAUGCUGAUCUCAGCCAGUUUCAAUCUCAUCAGCUCCCUUGUUAUUAUUCUAAUCUCCUACAUUUUCAUUGUAUCCACCAUUCUGAAGAAGCCUUCUGCUGAGGGUAGACUCAAAGCCUUCUCGACGUGUGGUUUCCACCUGACAGCUGUUACCCUCUUCUAUGGGACACUUUUGGUCAUGUAUGUCAGACAUCCUUCUAGCCUAUCUCUUGAACAAAGCAAGAUAGUCUCUUUGUUCUAUGUUGUGGUGAUCCCCAUGCUAAAUCCAUUGAUCUACAGCUUGAGGAACAAGGAGGUAAAGGGUGCACUGAAGAGGGCUAUCAUA